AUGAUAGAGCUGUCCCAUCGUCAAACGAAUAUCAAAAAUUCAACUAGUAGAUUUCUAUCGAACGAUGAGACUCCUUCUAUUAAUGUUAAAUACUCGCGUUCAAGGCUGCCAGAACUUCAACUCCCGACCUUCAGUGGUGACAUCAAGGACUGGCCGCGUUUCAUUUCAAUGUUUGGAACAAUUGUUGAUGAAAGCAUUGAACUCAGCAAUCUCGAAAAGCUUCAGCACUUAAGAUCUUGUUUGAAGGGCUCAGCGCUAGAUGCAAUAAAGUCGCUUGAAGUCAGUGACGCUAACUAUGCUAAGUCACUUUUAUUAUUAUCUAAAAGAUUUGAUAACAAAAGAUUAAUCUUUCAGGCACACAUAAAGGAAAUAUUUGGGUUGCGACGUGUUGAACCAAACGCCGUUGUUGAUCUGCGACGCCUUAGUGAUAAAAUGAAUUCACACCUACAUGCAUUGAGCACGCUGGGCAGCAAGGAACAAAUUGCUGAUGGUCUCAUAGUACAUCUUGUUUCGCAAAGGCUAGAUCCUGCAUCUCAAGCAAAAUGGGAAGAAAAGGCUUCAAUUGAUGCAAUACCUACGUGGGAUCAAAUGGCAGAUUUUCUUGAUAAAAGAUGUAAAACUUUGGAGCAUGUUGAUUACGCCACAAAAUUUUCAGCACAUAACAAAACUAAGCAAAUCAAUCUCCAUCCAAUUGCCAGAAAAGUGUUCAUAGCAACAAACUCAAAGGGAUGUACAUUUUGUGAAAGUGAUGAUCAUUUCGUUUACUCCUGUUGUCAAUUUACAAAUCUUUCUCCAAAACUUCGUCUAACUGAAGCCAGAAAACUUAGCCUUUGUUUAAAUUGUCUAAAAAAGGGACAUCAAUUAAAACAAUGCAAGUCUUCGUUUUGUCGUAUUUGCUCAAGACCUCACCACACGCUCUUGCAUUUAAAUGAUCGUAUUAAUGACAGUACCUUUUCUUCAUCUAAUGAUGUACCAAUAGUUAAUCCGACGUCAAAUACUAAAUCUAAAGUGCAGGCUUACUUAGUUUCAACAAACGCGUCGCAACUAACCCAAAAUUAUCCUUCAAGUGAAUGUGUGCUUCUUGCAACUGCAAUCAUAUUAAUAAGAAAUCGUGUUGGCUCUUAUAUACCAUGCCGUGCUCUUCUGGAUUCAGCAUCGCAAUUACACUUUAUUACAAAAUCACUUGCCAACACACUUCAACUUAAAACAACAAAAUGUGCCACAGUAAUAUCAGGUAUUACAUAUGGAGAUUUUGUCGCUGACAACACUACUGAGUUAUCCAUAAAAUUACGUUUUGGCAAUUACACCAGUAGCAUCACCGCAGUGAUUACUUCUAAAAUUAUUAAUCAACAUCCCAGCACAAACGUUAAUACAACUGAUUGGAAUAUUCCAAAAAAUCUUCAACUAGCUGAUCCAGCAUUCUAUAAAUCACAACGUAUUGAUAUUCUUAUUGGUGCAGUUCUCUUUUUCGAUCUACUAUGUAUAGGUCAAAUCCGUUUAGCGCCUCAAUUACCAGUAUUACAAAAAACGCUUUUUGGUUGGGUAGUUUCCGGAGGUAACCAGCAUUCUUCAAUAUCAUCGUCACUAGCCACAUUUAAAAAGUCAUCAACUCCGGAUGAUCGGUAUCACUCCUUGGAUCUACAAGUAAGAAAAUUUUGGGAGCUAGAAAGUUGUUUUGAUCCUGUAAUCAAAAUUACGAAAGAGCAUUUAGAUUGUCAAGCCCAUUUCCAAGCACACUUUUCUCGAUUGGUAACUGGUGAGUACUCAGUUCGCUUACCAUUGAAAUUAGAUAUUCAACUACUUGGUGACUCAUAUCAACAAGCUGCACGUCGUUUUUAUAAUCUGGAACGCAAACUACAACGAAACACUGAUCUAAAGACACAAUAUAGUGCAUUUAUAAAAGAGUAUCUGCAGCUUAAUCACAUGUCACCAUUAACUGAUGAAGAAUUAACUAGUCCCACGUAUUUUUUGCCACAUCAUUGCGUCAUCAAAGAAUCAAGUUCAUCCACAAAACUACGUGUUGUAUUUGAUGGGUCAGCAGCCACUUCCACGGGAUACUCUUUAAAUGAUAUAUUAAUGUCGGGUCCUACAAUUCAACCAAAUCUCAUUGACUUACUCAUUCGUUUUCGAUCUUUUCCUAUUGCAGUAACUGCGGAUAUUUGCAAAAUGUAUCGUGGUGUUCGAGUCACACGCCCGGAUAACUUUUUACAGUGUAUACUUCGGAGAAAUGACAUGCAAGAACCAUUGAAAGUAUUUAAGCUUGAUACGGUGACUUAUGGCACAAAGCCAGCAGCAUUCCUGGCAGUCCGUGCUAUGCAGCAAUUAGCAGUUGAUGAAUCAUUAAACUUUCCUAUUGGUUCCAAAAUUACUCUUCGAGAUUUUUAUGUUGAUGCCUUAAUCUCCGGUGGCAAUUGCAUUGAUGAUGUUCAAGACAUUGUGAGACAAACCACUGCAUUGCUCAAUAAAGGGAAUUUCAAACUAAGGAAAUGGUGUUCAAAUCAAUUAUCUGCACUUGAUGAUAUUCCAGAAGACGAUAGAGAGCCAUUGCUUAAUUUCGAUGACGGCAGCGAAUUAACAAAAACUCUUGGUCUGCUGUGGGAUCCAACCAAUGAUAAAUUUUUAUUUACCUUUGCACCACAUCAACACUCAAGGCGUACUACAAAGCGCUCUGUGCUUUCCGUUAUUGCCCGGCUUUAUGACCCGCUUGGUCUUGUUGGUCGCUUGAUAUCAAAGGCAAAAAUAUUUUUACAGUGUUUAUGGAAACACACACUCGACUGGGACGAGAGCCUUCCGAAUCAACUCCACACUGCAUGGACUGACCUCUACAAUCGUCUCCAUAUAAUUCAAAGACUAGAAUUUCCUCGUUGUGUUUCAAUCUCUCAUGCAUCACUCGAAUUACAUGCCUUUUGUGAUGCUAGUUUGAACGCAUAUGGCGUUUGCAUCUAUGUUGUUUCGAACCACGGAAGUUCUGCGUCUGCCAAUUUGCUUUGUUCAAAGUCUCGAAUAGCACCAUUAAAAACAUUGACAGUUCCAAAAUUAGAAUUAUGUGCCGCAGCUUUAUUAGCUCAACUAAUUCACCAAAUUUCAAGUCUCAAUAUAUUUAACGCUGAAAUUCACUGUUGGUCUGACUCAUCUAUAGUGUUAUCCUGGAUCCGAUCUGAACCGUCUACCUUCAAUGUAUUCGUGGCCAAUCGAGUGAGCAAAAUUCAACAUUUGACUAAAUGGAUGACAUGGCAUCAUAUUCCCACUGAUUUAAAUCCCGCAGACAUCCUUUCUAAGGGAGCGACUCCAGACGAACUUUUAACUUCAUCACUUUGGCAAUGUGGACCUCCAUUCUUGCUUGGAGAUCGAAACAAUUGGCCUAUGAAUUAUCCCCUGCUGUAUGAUUUGCCUGAAAAACGCAAGACAGUUCUUAUUUCAACUGUAAAAACAAAUGACAUUUCGAUUAAUUGGAAAUUUAUCAACAAUUUUUACAAAAUACAACGUAUAUUUGGGUAUGUCCACAAAUUCAUCAGCAAGGAGCGAUCUACUAUUUUAACAGCUAAUAACAUACAGCAAGGUACAUUCAUAUUAAUUCGAACAGUACAAAAGGCGAAUUUAUGGAAUGAAUAUUAUAAUUUGGAAUGCAAAAAAUCAAUUAGUUGCUCAAGUAACUUAUUCUCCUUAAGUCCAUUUUUAGAUGAUCUUGGUCUACUUCGUGUUGGUGGACGAUUAAAAAACUCUAACCUAGACUUUAAUGCACAACAUCCAAUUAUACUACCUAAGCAUCAUCCGCUCACUGUUUCAAUCAUAAAUCAUUUUCAUCGCAAAAUGCUGCAUGCAGGUCCACAAUCAUUGCUUGCUUCAAUGCGUCUCCAAUAUUGGCCAAUAGGAGGUAGAAAGCUAGUAUCCAAGGUCAUCAACCAAUGUAUUAUAUGUUUCCGAGCGAAACCAAUAACUGCAAGGCAUAUCAUGGGACAAUUACCAAAAGAUCGUGUUAAUGCUAAUCGUGCUUUCAUCAUUACUGGCACAGACUUUUGUGGUCCUUUUUAUUACAAGUCCGAAAUUCGCAAUAAGUCUCCAAUCAAAUGCUAUGUUUGUUUAUUCAUUUGUUUCGCGACCAAAGCUGUCCAUCUUGAAUUGGUCAAGGAUUUAACAACAUCAGCAUUUCUAGCCGCAUUACAGCAUAAUGCUACAAAUUUUUGCGGUGCCAAAAAUCAGCUUGCUGAGCUCAGGAGACUUUUCUUUACUCAAAAACAUCAUGAGCUGCUUCACCAUCAAUGUCUCAGUGACAGCAUCGAAUGGAAAUUCAUACCUCCUGGAUCGCCACAUUUCGGCGGUCUCUGGGAAGCUGCCGUAAAAACAGCCAAAUAUCACUUUUGUCGAGCGGUUGGCUUAGCAGUUUUAGACUUCGAUGAACUACGCACUUUGGUUUGCCAAAUUGCUGCUAUUAUCAACUCUCGUCCGCUCUGCCCGCUUUCAGAAUGUCCGGAAGAUCUUGAUGUUCUCACACCUGCUCACUUUCUAAUCGGUGCCCCGUUAACAUCAAUCAUUGAGCCUGACACUACGGUCGUGAAUGUUAACCGGCUUGAUCGCUGGCAGCGCAUUUCAUAUAUUCAACAAAUUUUUUGGAAACGCUGGAGUACCGAAUAUCUUACACAGCUACAAGAGCGAUCAAAAUGGCGAAGGCCGACUCCAAAUAUAUCACUUGGUGCAAUAGUUCUUUUAAAGGAUGACAAUCUCCCACCAUUUCGCUGGCCGCUCGGUAGAGUUAUUGAAGUCAUAUCUGGUCCUGAUGGUGUCAUUCGUGUAGCGAUCGCCACUAGUAAAUCGGUCCUGUGCACACCGAAUAGCCAAGCACAGAGGCAAGAAAAACGUAUGCGAUCUGAGCUUUCGCCAGACUUAUCGCUCGUUGAUGUUAUGCUGGCUAUUCAGCAAAUGACGGAUAAAUUCGAAUCGAAUAUUGCAGGCUUGAGUAACAACUUUGAUUCCCAAAUAGCUACGCUAGCAUCAAAGAGUGACAUAGGCGAACUUAAAGAACAGAUAGGCAACGUGUCUGUGAAAAUGGAAAAAUUGGAGAACGAGAAUCAAAGGCUAAAACUGGAAUUAGAAUAA